AUGUCGUCUUUCACAUAUAACAAACAGGCAACAUCGACGACCAAACAUAGCAGCAGACACAACAUUGUACCGUUUCUGCUGGCCAUCACGCUCCUGAUAUUCGUGUCUGACGUUCGAGCUGACGAAUGUCAUUUGACUCCCGUCAUUCACGUCCUACAAUAUCCCGGUUGCAUGCCGAAACCGAUUCCGUCGUUUGCCUGCACCGGCAAAUGCACCAGCUACGUCCAGGUUUCCGGAUCGAAACUGUGGCAAACGGAGCGUUCGUGCAUGUGUUGCCAAGAGUCAGGUGAGCGUGAAGCCACCGUCUCCCUGCUGUGUCCGAAAGCCGCACCUGGAGAACCCAAACUGCGCCGGGUCGUGACUCGGGCGCCAGUCGACUGCAUGUGUAGGCCUUGCACGGCCGUCGAAGAAAGCGCCGUCAUGCCGCAAGAAAUCGCCCGCUUCCUCGACGACGGAUCCUUCCCUUUCAAACUUUAAAAAAGUAAAAGAAAAAAAAAAAUAGAUAAAUAAUCCAAACAAAAUUUUUUUUUGAAAAGAACGAAAAUACUCUACAUAGUCGUCGUCGCCUAAAAUUCUGGCUUAUUUGUUUAUUGUUUUUUUUUGAGGAUAAUAUCUUUCUAUUU